AUGGCACCAAUCUUCACUUCACUUUACCUUUUCGGAAUUCCCCUAAUCCUAACCCUAACCCUAACCCUAAUUCACUUCGCACAUGCUAAUUCUGAAGGAGACGCUCUUUACACACUCAAACGAAGCCUCACCGACCCUGAUAAUAUCCUCCAGAGCUGGGAUCCGACCCUAGUCAGUCCUUGUACUUGGUUCCAUGUCACCUGUAACCAAGACAAUCGGGUCACUCGAGUGGAUCUUGGUAAUUCUAACCUAUCUGGACAUUUGGUACCUGAACUUGGGAAGCUAGAGCAUCUGCAGUACCUUGAGCUGUACAAAAACAACAUUGAAGGAACUAUUCCUCCGGAGCUUGGAAACCUCAAGAGUCUUGUUAGCUUGGACUUGUAUAACAAUAACAUAUCGGGAACCAUCCCAUCUUCCUUGGGGAAAUUGAAGAAUCUUGUCUUUUUACGACUUAAUGAUAACCGGCUAACUGGCCCAAUCCCCAGGGAACUCAUUGCUAUUUCAAGCCUUAAAGUAGUGGAUGUCUCCGCCAAUAACUUAUGUGGUACAAUUCCUACCUCUGGGCCGUUCGAGCAUAUUCCAUUGAAUAACUUUGAGAAUAACCCUCGGUUGGAAGGUCCAGAGUUGCUGGGACUUGUAAGUUACGACACAAACUGCUCGUGA